UAACGUAGGUUUUUAAGAAAUCAAAUACUAAUAUUUUCUAAAAUUAUUAACCAAUUUAGAAUAAGUAUAGAUCAUUUUUAUUAAAACUUCAACACCGUUAGGAAAAUAAUAACUUGAAGACGUCUUUUGAUGUAAUAUUUCUUAUAUGAUUAGUCCUCAACAAUGGAUGUAGAUUUAUUACGGCCGGGAACUGUACCCAUAUCACCCGACACUAUCCUCUGGUUUGAAUUCAUACUUGACCCCUCUCUAUUAAAAAAGCAUCUUAGCAAACCAAAUCCAGAACCAUCAGCAUGUGAACUUAUAGAAGAGUUCUUAUCAGUUGAUGCUAAGAAUUCAGCACCAAAAGUAAGCGAAAGAGUUGUUGAUGUAGACAGCCCUCCCAGUCCUCCAACAGUGUCUACUGCGCCUUUACAAUUUACUAGGAAACAACUAGCACUGAAAAUACUCGCUCUUAAGAUAGCUGCAACACUACAUUGGAACUUGGAUGUAUUUGAAACAAAGUUGCCUCCACAAAUACAGCAACAGCUGAUGCAAGACCUUGUGUAUCUAGCUACUGAUACAGCAUUCGCUGUACCACCUCCGGAAAUACCAACAGAGUUAUUAAACAAACCUCAAGUACAGUUUGCCUUAACUCUAUAUCACAGAUGGAUAUUAAGGUUUCCGGUAAAAGCGGCACUGUUCGCUAAAUCAACAAAAAUGUCCUUCAUCCAUGUACCGGGAAUGCAGACAGAUACAGGUUACAACCCGAUGAAUCAAAACUUUGAAAAAAUACUAAGAAUGUGUGACACAUCACGCUUACAAAGCAUUAAAUAUUUAGAAAGUGUUCUAACUGAAUAUUCAAGUUAUAGAAGCCCUAAACAGAUUAAAAUUCCUGUUAUGGAGUCAUUUGUACAUUUGACCGAGGAUUGUAAUGACAUGAACCACAAUUGGAAUGCAGGAGAAGUUUACAUAAACCAGUAUGAACUGGCGAUGCAGAUUCAUUUUGAUUUAUGCUAUAAUUACUUCUUUUAUGGACAACAUGAUAUGGCAAAAAAACAUAUACUCGGUUGUAGAGAAAAUGCCAAACUUCUUGAAAAAAUCAUUGAUAUAAAAGGUUAUGGAUUGCAAAGAGAUAUGCCAUGGAACAACUUCAAUUACGCUAGUAUGACUAAUGAUGAUAUUGUAGGUUAUAUAAGAGCUCUAAAUUUAGGCUUUGAAUUACUCAAUGAAGAACCUACACUUUUACAAAAAUUACAAGAGUCUGUUUCUAAUCAUUAUGCAGGGAUAAUAGCAAUCUUACAAGCUGACAACCUGGCUAGAGAAAUCCCGAUGAUUCAUAGAGAAGUCGUGGAGCUAGACAUACAAGGAUCGGCUUCCAGUGGUGCUUUUACUGUUGCAAGAGAUCUAUUAAAUAGAGUUUCAGCAUUAAAUGCCGUGAGAUACGCUCUCGAAGGCGGAAUACCGUCUACACAUCCCGAUUUCCUUAACAAGCUUAAAACUCUGGGCAACAAGUUUUAUGACUUGCUAUUUUGGGCUCUGGGUCCAGUUUUGCAAUCCGACUUAUCAGAAUCUGACUGGAGCAGGUUAAAUGUAUUCUUUUUACAUUUAGCAACAUCCCAAUGCAAAAUACCACUCGAUAGAAUAGACGAGUACUUAAGAAAAUAUGUCGGAGGAGAUUCAAGUGAAAAGAUAAGAAGAAAAUUAAUAUCUGAUGAGAAUUUGAAACAAUUGAUUAAUGAUCCGAUAUAUAGCGACGAUGAGAACAUGGAUAUUCCAAAAGAGCUCCUCACUGAUGACUGGGACACACCAGGUUUCGAAGCUAAAAGCGUCGCUGAACUCGGAAUGGGAAAGCUGAAGAAGCGACUUAUAGAGGCUUCCACGGCUGACGACGUGCGAGUGUGUUUGGUCACUUUGGCA